CAGAAAUCUAUAACUAAUUAAUCUAGUUAUUUAUCCAAUUGUAAAUACUUAAGUAUAGGUGGCGUUAAACAUUAGCCAUAAACGCACGCAGGUUCUCUUACUAUCGCUUACAGUAUUUUAGAGCAGGAAAGCCGGUUUUUGACAUCUUUUAAAGGUUAACGUAAAUUUAAGACGUAACAAUGACAGCAUUCGAAGAAAUGGGUGUUUUGCCAGAACUUGGCCAGGCAGUUGAUGACAUGGAGUGGACAUUACCAACAGAUGUCCAAGCCGAAGCCAUUCCCCUAAUUUUAGGUGGUGGAGAUGUAUUAAUGGCUGCUGAAACUGGUAGUGGAAAGACUGGGGCAUUUUGCUUACCAGUUUUGCAGAUUGUAUGGGAAACCUUAAAAGAUUUUGAGUCUGGUAAAACUAAAAGUUCAACAGGACAACAACAGCAACAUUCUACUCAUUGGUCGCUAAGUUUAUUUGACAGAGGUCAAUCAUUAGCUGUAACUCCAGAUGGUCUAAGAUGUCAAAGUCGUGAACCAAAAGAGUGGCAUGGUUGUCGAGCAAAUAAAGGUGUUCAAGGCAAUGGAAAGUUUUAUUACGAAGCUACUGUAACUGAUGAAGGAUUAUGCCGUGUUGGCUGGUCUACAUCUCAAGCUUCAUUGGAUCUGGGAACAGACAAAUUGGGUUAUGGUUUUGGUGGAACUGGUAAAAAGUCAAAUGCGAAACAAUUUGAUAGCUAUGGAGAGGCUUUUGGAAUGAACAAUGUAAUUGGAUGUUAUCUGAAUUUAUCAAAGGGUGAAAUUAGCUUUUCAAAGGACGGUAUAAAUUUUGGUGUAGCAUUUACUUUAAAUGCCCAACAAAAAUCUCAAACGUUUUAUCCAGCUGUUGUAUUGAAAAACGCAGAAAUGUCUUUUAAUUUUGGAGCACAGCCAUUUAAAUAUCCACCUCCGAAUGAUUACACAGCUGUUGCUUCUGCUCCUAAAGAAUUCGUGAGAGAAAACCCAAUAAACAGUAGUCAGGUUCAAGGUAAAGGGGAUGGUAAACCAAAGUGUAAUGCACCUCAAGCUAUAAUCAUAGAACCUUCUAGAGAACUUGCUGAGCAAACCUAUAAUCAAAUUCAAAAAUUUAAAAAACAUUUGAAAGAUCCAGUCAUUAGAGAGUUAUUAGUUAUUGGAGGAGUAAGUGUGAAAGAACAAAUUUCAGUGUUGAAUUCUGGUGUGGAUAUAGUAGUUGGAACACCAGGACGUUUAGAAGAUUUAAUACAAGGCGGAUAUUUAGCAUUAACACAUUGCAGAUUUUUUAUUUUGGAUGAAGCUGAUGGUCUAUUGAAGCAAGGUUACACCGAAUUAAUCGAUCGUUUGCAUAAACAAAUUCCUAAAAUUACAUCCGAUGGGAAAAGAUUACAAAUGAUAGUAUGUUCAGCUACAUUACAUGCAUUCGAGGUCAAGAAAAUGGCUGAACGUUUAAUGCAUUUUCCAACAUGGGUAGAUCUUAAAGGUGAAGAUGCAGUACCCGAAACAGUGCAUCAUGUUGUUGUAACAGUAGAUCCACAGAAAGAUACUUGUUGGCAAAAUUUAAGAAAAUCUAUACAAACUGACGGUGUACAUAACAGAGACAAUAUAAGACCUGGAAGCAACAGUCCUGAGACUCUUUCUGAAGCUGUGAAGAUAUUAAAAGGUGAAUACUGUAUUCGCGCUAUCAAGGAACACAAUAUGGAUAGAGCAAUUAUUUUCUGCAGAACCAAGUUGGACUGCGAUAACCUGGAGCGAUAUUUGAAACAGUCAGGUGGAAAUCAGUUUUCAUGCGUGUGUUUGCACGGCGAUCGAAAACCUCCUGAACGUAAAGCUAAUUUGGAAAAAUUCAAGAAGCAGGAAGUCAAAUUCUUAAUCUGCACCGACGUUGCAGCCAGAGGAUUGGAUAUUUCAGGAUUACCUUUCAUGAUUAAUAUAACUCUACCCGAUGAGAAAUCGAACUACGUACAUCGUAUAGGUAGAGUUGGUAGGGCCGAAAGAAUGGGUCUAGCUAUUUCUUUAGUUAGCAAAGUACCUGAAAAGGUAUGGUAUCACGGGGAAUGGUGUCCUACUCGCGGAAAAAACUGUCAGAAUACUAAUCUUACCAACCAGGGUGGUUGCUGUACCUGGUACAACGAACCAAACUAUUUAGCUGAGAUCGAGGAUCAUUUAAACGUUACAAUUCAACAAAUUGAGCCAGAUUUCAAAGUUCCGAUGAACGACUUUGACGGAAAAGUUACUUACGGACAAAAGAAAGCAAAUAUGGGUUCAAACUAUCAAAAUCAUGUUCAACAAAUGGCACCCUAUGUCUCCCAGUUAACUGCGUUAGAAUCGAAAACGCAACUUCUCUACUUGAAAAGACAUAUGGCUGCUGCAAAUUAAUUACUUAAUCUCCGAUAUGUUACUCUAGUAUACGGAUAAUCUCUUAAUAUUUAUAAACAGUGUGUACUUUUACAUAUAAUGUACAAAUUUGUUACAAAUAAUAUAAUCUCGAUUAACGUAUAAUUUGAUAGCCAGACUUUACGAUCACCUGAACGUGAAUGAACUCGUAAGAGAGCUUACAUAAUAUUCUUAUAUAAAAAGAAAAAAAAAACGUGUACGAUGUAAAUAGCUUUUGCAUAUGUGUAUAUAAGACAUACGGCAAGUGUUUAUUGUAUCAUUAUAAUUUUCAUAAUUGUACCAUCGGUAUUUCAGUUACACAAAUGUAUAAUACAGUGGCCUUGCAGUGUUUGGUUUUGUAAUUUUCACAAUAUCUUUUUCUUAUCGUCUUCUUUUUUUUUUCUUGCUGUAUAUGUGCAUGCGCACGCGCACGCGCGUUAUGAUCAGAAUUUUGUAUAAUAUAUCGUACUUAUAGAAUUUACUAAAUGACUUUUGUUUAAUUACACAUAAUAAUUUAUACACAUUUCUUGAAAUCAAUGGUAAACGGCUAAAGUUAGUUAUACAGUAUACAAAUCAUACCAUUUCUUCCCCGCACUCGGGUAUAUAUAUUUUCAGUGUAACGUUUUACGCGUUUCUCACUUUUCUUAAACAAUGUGUACGAUUUGCGUGUCCAAACGUUGCUUGCUUCCCAUCGCGCGGAUAUUAACGUGUUGAACCAUUUAAUUAUCCGCUAAAUAAAUUCAUUUAAUCAGCGUAGAUCCAGGAAAAUGAUUUCUUUCGAUAUUUUUCCCCCAUCAUAUUCGGACAGUCAUCACAGAACGAGAAUGAAAUAUUUUUCUUUUUUUUAUCUUUUGUAAUCUAAAAACACAUUUACAGUCGUACAUGGUCAUUCACGCUUCGCGAUACACUCACGGAGUCAUUCGUCCGCGUUAACUCGGUGAAUUAUAUUUAUAUGUAUAUAAUAUACAUAUAUGUAUAUACAUAUAUGAUAUAUAUAUUUAUUUGUGUAUUUAUAUGUAUAUCAGUUUAUCAUAUACACUACACGUCCACCCCAUGAUUCUUACUUGAAUAGCCAUCGACAAUAUGAUCUCGAAUGAUCAAUUUCUUUACGAUAUCUUUUCGCAACUUUGUUGACUCGUAUCUUUUAUGUUUCAGUUUUGUCAUAAACAUCCAUUAGUCUGUCUUAAAAAAAAAAAAGAGAUAUUAUUACUCGUUGACGUUCAGAAUAUCAUGAGGUGGACAACAUUAAUUUCAUUUCCUAACAAAUUUUCUCGAGUUACUCGGUUAUUCAUUUACAAUCACGUGUGUAUAGUUUCCCCGUUUUUUCAUUUACUUCGACGCGUUUAAUUCGUAUAAUCAGCGUUUUUAUCGUACGCAUCUCACUCUUGAACGGUUACUCCUUACUUUCGUGUCUGCGUUUCGAUGAUAAUUCAUCCUUUAAGUUCUCGCCUAAACAUAUUUCCUAAGAGACACGCAACAACGAAUUCGUUAAGAAUUAUUUAGAGGAGGUGAAUAGACAGGCUUUAGGAGAUAGGGAGCGCAAAGUGAGUGUCGGUGGUGAGCUUGGUGACUCUUUUCUCCUGCGAGUGGGAAAACUCUAGAAUAGGUACGGGGAUCAAGAAUGAAUUAGAAGGGCCUCCAGGACAAAUGGUUUAGAUUAGAGUAGCUCCUGUCUAGGUCAUCCUCUUUUCCUUCAUUCAUCUAACCUCUUGUUUGACUUAAAAACAAUAACGUGGUCUCAAGUUGGGAAUAUUGUCCGUGACCUGGUCAUAGAACGAAAGAUCACGAGGCAACUCGCGUCGAUCAAUGACAAAUCGAUCAAUCUUUAUAACAUAAGAUCACUGUUGGGUCUCUAAAUUUUCUAAUACAGCAAAGAGCUCAUGUAGGACGAAGAAUCAACAAAAAGCGUUGGGACCAUACAGAGAUGGGUAAAUUUUAUUCUAACGAUAGAUAAAUAAAACAAGAUAUCCAUUAGUGACGAUUAUUCGAUCAGUUGAACUGAGAAUAAAGAGAUUGUAUAGUACCUUUCUCUCGUUAACACCUUGCCAACCGUGGUUUUCCUCAAUUAAUUUAUCAAGAAAAAACAAUGAUGUAUUCGUGAGAAACAGAUAUGCAAAAAUUGUUCGAUUAGAAAAUUUAUAAGCAACGGUUUUUUUUAAAUAGAAAUAAUAAGAAGGGAGUGAACGAGUAAGACUAGAACACAUAACCUCAAUUUGUACUUUCUUUAAAAAUUAGUUCUUAUCUACCACCUGUGAACGUUAUCUUCGAUUUUUAAUCGCAUAUUCAGUUAGCGUAAACACGUUUAUUGUUUGGCAAAGAGGAAGGUUUCCUCGAUUAAUUGGCAAUGUGUUAAUCGACACUUUUAUCUAAAUAAACAUUUUGCACGUCUCUGCCCACGAUAUACCAGCAAAUACGAAUAUUACUCGAUAGGGAAUACUAAUGGAGCUUUUUUUAUUGAAAACUUGAGGGACUUGGUGCUAAGGGGAAAGACUGACACAUAAACCAAAGAAUCAAGGCGAUCAAAGAUUCAUAUCCUUCGAUGUUCUGCGUUACUAUACUUGACAUCCAAGAAGAACAUGUUUCUCUGAUUACCUUAGUUAGAUCUUUGAUAUGCAAGCUUCUUUAGAAAAAAUACGAAGGUUCGUCGAAGAAAUUGUUCACGUUUUGCGACAUUUAAGCACAAUUGUAUGUUUACACGUUGAAUGAAACGCUCGUUAAUCGUUAACUGGAAGUGGAAAUGUUUAAGGAACAUUCCAACGCAAAUAUUCCGUGAAAUUAUAACCGCUCGACACAAAAGUUCUUUGUGUUUUUAGUUGAAAUUCGCGUUUGCUGUUCUUAAUCGAUUCUGAUAAGUGGAUGCGCGUCUUCGAUUCACCCGGAAGAGAUAAGAAUUUUGUACGGCUGCGCCGUGAGUUGUUGAAUCAGUAAUCGUAAUCGUGAUUCGUUUGAACUUAUUGACUCUCUGUACGUCUGUGCUUGCGUCAUUGAUUUAAUGAUUCCAUCCAACCUUCGGACCAAUUUAAUAAGAUAUAAUGCUAGCCUGAUCGUAAUAAACGUUGAAAAGUGUUUUAUCCCAAAAAUUAUUGCAUCGACUUAUGCGCGUUCGCGCAUGACCACGAUCCGGGCUUUAGAUAAACUCGCAUCUUCGAAAAGAAAAUCCUUUCUUUUUUUUUCUUCUUUUGUUUUUGUUUGUUCGUUAAACGCAGAAAAUAGACAUUUCUCUUUUAUCAACACAAAAUGACUACGUUUACGAAAGACGAACACUUUUCUAUUAUUUUAAAGAUAACCACAUUUGAAAUACAAUAUUACAAUGUUUACGUUCGUUCAGAUCUGCGCUGAUCGUGGUCGUUUAAAUAAAUACAUAUGCACAUGUGUAUAUGUAUGCCUUUCAAUAUACACAUGUAUAUAUGCGUCUAGAUCGUAUUAGAUGGAUCUAAUUUAUUCCGAACGUAGCAUUCUUCUUUUUCUUUCUUUUUUUUAACAAUGAUUUGCAGCGGUAAUCGCUAAUCACAAUGACAAUGAUAAUAUUAAUAUUAACGGCAAUAAUGACAAUGGGGAUGAACGUGAUGAAGAUUAUGAACGAUGAUGAAUAAUGGCGGCGGCGACGACGGCGACGACGACGAUGAUGAUGAUAAUAAUAAUAUAAUUACAUUAUCCGCUUCAAUAAAAUCUGACUGUGUAAAGACAAUUUUUUAUCGAAUAACAGUGUAACGAUAAGACGAUCACAAUAAAUGACUCUGUAUUCUUAACAUAAACGUGAAUAUGGUAACGCAAAACGCGUAUUUGUUUAUCUACUUCGUAGACGUUGUCUGGCUUCGUCAGAAAGACGCGUAACGAUCGAAAAUUUUAUAAAAUUCCAGAAUUCAAUUCAAUUCUCUACUCGUAGGCUGGAACUCGUCGCUCAGCGAUUUAUAAAUUGUUUUAACUUCAUUUAACAUGAACCAAUUAAGAUACUCGAUGACGCAAUCGUGCAUAUCUGGAUGAAAUUAUGUCUCGUUUAAUUCAGACGCUGUUAAUCACCGUUGCAUCACCGUGCAGCAUUUUGCAUCUUGUUUCGUUACGCCGAUUCCAACCGCGCCCAGUCGUCUACUUUGACUUUCGCUUUCUUUUUUUACUUCUCUUUUAAGGCAAUACUCCCAGCAACAUGGUCCACGAAGUGUAUCGCGUGUACGUGACGAAAUGGCACGCUUCGUGGACGAUGUGUACCACACUCUGCUCUCAUCGACGAUUUUUUAUUCGCUCGAGGGGAUCGCAACAGAAAAAAAAAAGAAAUAAAAAGAUAGAAACAAGAAGAA